UAAAAUAAAAAAACCAGUGCUGUGCGCCUUCCAGUGGAACGUUAUCGUUUCUACGAAUUCAGCUUGGAGGAGCGUUGAUACAGCAUUUUGAGUCUCUUCCCAUACCCCAGACAAGCAACAUGAAUGCGCGGAUAUUUGUGCUACUCGGACUAGCCCUGGUGCCACUGAGCAGCGCAUCCUUUGAUCCGAGUGUCAUCUGCACGCUGGUCGUCAAUGGGACGAAAAUAAAUGAUCCCCGUGCCUGCAAUGCCUGGAUUGAGUGCGUCGAUGGGAACCCAGUGGCCGGAACCUGUGCCGCUGGCCUCUUUUACGACAGAGAGAGCGAGAAGUGUGUGGACUCGGACAGCUACACGUGCGUGACGAGCGAUCCAUGUGCAGCGGUUGCCAAUGGCUUCACCGCCGAUCCGUACUCGUGCAACAAUUACUACUAUUGUUUGGAGGGAAAGGGCACGAAAGGGGUCUGUCCCACGGGAAUGAACUUCAAUGUCGGAACGGAGAACUGCAUACGGAACUAUCCCUGCCAGGUGAAGAUGGACCCAGACAGCUACUGCAACAUCCUGCCCGACGGCGUCUUCAUCAAGGACUCCACCAACUGCAACGGCUGGCAAAUGUGCUGGGACGGCAAGGUGCUCAAUGGCACCUGUCCGGGCACCUUCUAUUUCAGCGCCAGCUCCGCGCUCUGCGACUAUCCGCAGAACGUGGAUUGCGACAUCGCCGAUUCCCCGGUGAUCGCCGAGAAGGGCGUCUGCGCCCAGGCUGGCGACUUUGUGUCCGAUAAUAGCACUUGCAAUGGCUACUACUACUGCCACGAGUUGGAGUUGGACGGGCAGAUGGCGCUGGAGCAUGCCGUAUGCUCCGACGGAAGGUUCUUUGUGGCCGCCAACGGUGGUGCCUGCGUGCCCCGCUCCAUGGCGCCCUGCAUCUACGACCGCUGUGUGGGUCUCGGCAAUACGACCAUUCAGCUGGCCAGCGAGUCGGAUGACGAAUGCAGGGGAUUCUCCAUAUGCCAGGACGGAGUGAGCAUAGGAAAGCUCACCUGCCCAGGCGAAGAGUACUUCGACGAGCUGACUCAGCGCUGCACUACGGAGGUAAUAUCUUAUCCCGCCUGCCAGCUAUCAGCCGCAGCUUCGACCCAAGUCGUAUCGCAAGCAGCUAUGAAUGAUGAAACGGCCGGGACCAGCCCCAGCCCCAGCCCCAGCGCCAGCGCCAGCACUGAAGCCUCGUGAGCAGCAUACGCAAUCGGUUUUAAUUAGACAGUUGUUAGAUACCUUUUGGCACGACAAUAAAUAUGAGUCUGCUGUCAAUGUCGGCCGAGUAUUAUCAAUC